UCUAAUUAACCGUUUUGUGUAACGUAGCAGCAAGUCACAGCUUUUCCUCUCUGAAACAGUACUUCUCAGUGUUGCGGUUGAGCUCGAGAGCAGACCGGGUGACUUUCCUGGCUAGCCUGGUUAGCGCAUGUCAUUGGAUCCUCGGUCGUGUAGUCUGUUCCAAUGCCUACAAUACGUGAAGCACUCGCUGCAGUCCGCGGAGAGACCGAAGCCACGGUUGCUCCCAUCCUUCAAGCUCUACAAGCUGAAGGUUUUGAUGUGGACGCUGAGGCGGGAGACGCGUUUUGUCUUCUUGACGUUAAUUAUCUGCGAUCACACCUUAAUCUCCGGCAGCUUACCGCCCUGAAGGCAGCCAUCAAAAGCGCUGAUGCUGGCACCAGCAACGCUGCUGCAGGUGCACCAGCUCCAAGGCGGCUGGUGGAUAGUGUGGCUGAGCUGCACUACAACAACGACAUCGUGGAGCUGCAUUUUAGCGACUCAAAGGUGUCAUAUGUGGAUGUGGCAGGAGUGGUGGUGAACCGCAUCCGCUUAUGGGCUAAAACGGCCAUGUUGGCCGCGGUGGAGAAACACCGGGCAAGAGCUCCCUCAAUCUUGCUGGUCUCGGGGCUCGUGAAGACGGGCAAGUCUUUCACCCUGGAGCACGUGGUUCCCGCGGUUGUGGCGGAAUUGCUGCGCAAGCAGGGAGAGAAGGGCCCCUUGGCGGGCAUGGAUGGUGCUAAGGCCAUGUUGCAGGACCUGCUGGGUGUGCUGCUGAGAUGGGCACGCAAUGAGCAUGUGCCCAUGCGGGAGGGUGCACUGGAGGCUGCAGAGGAUGUGCAGGAUAGAACCCACCUCGGCACGCUGGGCCACGCCAUCCUGGAGUUCCUGGAGGCGGUGGAGGUCCCGGUGCUGGUGCUAUGCGAUGAGGUGCAGAGCCUGUUCAUGCCAACCAUCAAUGGCAAGCUGGACAUGAACGGGGCUGCAUAUAUCCGCGACACCUUCAUGAAGCAGCUGCUGGUGUAUGGCUCCCACACCAUGCUGUGGUGCAUGACCGGCAGCUCCAUGGCGCAGACCUGGAUUAGCCUGGCCGACAUGCCGCCCAAUGGCUACAUGGUCAUCACCAGCGCCAGUGCCGUGAACCUACCGGCAAGCUACAGGCCCGAGCACAUGAGCCUGGUGUGGGAGCUGCUGAAGGGCUCCCAUGCGUCCGUUGUGACGCUGGACCCCAGGCUUCUGGAGCUCUGCCCUCCAUCCAUAGCACUCCUGACGGUCCUGGUGGGCGACUGGAUCAAUGCUGGAUGCCCCGAAGUGGCGGCCUUCGUCCCUACAUUCAUGAGGACGAAGCUCAUUGAUGAGUCUCUGAAGGAGUGGAAGCUGGGCCUGGAGGGCAUGCCAUUGUCACAGCGCAUCACUGUGCUGGACUUGGCGUUUCCGGACGUGGGGGCGCGGAUCGACACAGAUCUGCACUCUGGCUUACAGCGAUUUCUGGCGCCAUACCUGGUUAGGAAGAAUGAUGGGUGCUACUACUUCCGCGACGCGCACCAGCGUCAGAUUGUGCAGUUGCUGAUCAAUGAGGAUGGCACACUGCGAGAGAGCUGGAGCAGCGCGGAAUUCAGUGCCAGCCUGAUGCAAAAGGACACACUGUGGAACCUACUCCGCCUUGGUGAGUCAGCCGACUACCUGCUUGGGCCCCAUGCAAGCCGCCGGUGGGAGUGUCAAAAGCCACCAGCUGGGAUGGAUGAGUUUAAGGCCAAUUUGCAGGCUAUCGCAGACAAGACCGCCACCAAGUUGGCAAGCGACCAGGGUGGCGUGGUGUUGGGCCCUCAGGAACUGUGGGAGCGGCAGUCUUGGUUCCAGAAGGUGCUGUCAUCGAAGUGGAAUGACCGUGACCGUGCUAAGUCCAAGGACUACAAGCAGGCGCGGUGCACUCACCUGGCCAUGCUGGUGUUCUACCUGCGGCUGAGCCGGAACAUACUGGUCCAUGGGAAGCCUUGGGAUCAGGAGCAUGACAUCCGGAUGGAUGUAAUCGAGGUGCUGCCCAGGGUGCUGGGACAGUCCUUGUCAGACUUCAAUCAAGACAUCGCUGUGGUCAGCACAGGCCGCUGGUUCACAUCACUGGCAGGCAUGGGGUGUGGGGGCAGGGAGGGCUGCAGGCAGCCACACUUGCACUGCGUCGUCUUCACCUGCCGCAUGUCUUCACUCCCCACGGAUUCCGAGACGACAGAAACGGCGGAACACGCGGGUGAUGAGCAGGGCAGCGGUGGCGGCGGCGGGAAAAUGUCUGGUUGGACGAAUGAGCUGACAGGCAAUGGCAUCACCGAAACGAUCAAGUCGGGCGUCGGUCGGCUCAAGCGGGGCGUCCGCGGAGCAGGCGUCAUCGGCCCCCACGGGGAGAUGGGUGCCGAGUACGGCCUCCGUACGCCACGUCAGGCGGGCAGCCGCGGCGCCCCUCCGGAGAAGGAAGGGGGUGGCGGUGGCGGCGACGGCGGGGAAAGUCGGGCGUCGGUCGGCUCAAGGAACCUACCCCCUUUUCUUCCACGCGCACACAAACUCAACCAACGUCUCGCUCCACGUCGGCAAUAG